GAAUCCGAAGUGGGAACGGGGGAUGUCUACAUGGCCGACCAUGUCAUUCCUUCGCUGUAAAGCCAUUUCCCCACCCCCUUCUCCCUAUCAUACUACCAUACGAGGGCAGCGUAAUACGCACCCCACCCCCGCCUCUUCUCCGCCGGAACUUCUGACCUCAUUUUCCGACGACGUCCCCUCCCUCAAAUCCCAACAAAACCCCAAACUAAAUCAUUAAUCCAGGCCCCUUCCCUUUCUCUCUCUCAUUCUUCUUCUUCUCUGGUCUCCCAUGUCUCCACUCGUGGUGCUUCUGAUUCUGCUUCUCUUCAGCUGCUCUCCGUCUUCGUCUGUUCCAAUUGGAUCUCGUGAUAUUCUCAGAGCUAUUGACAUCGACAGCAAUACAGGUCCUGAUCUUCAUGAUGCCGCCGUUGAUUUGAACACCACCAAUUUCGAUCAAGUUCUCAGGAACACCCCUGCUACCUACGCAAUUGUUGAAUUCUUCGCUCACUGGUGCCCUGCUUGCAGAAAUUAUAAGCCCCAUUAUGAAAAGGUGGCAAGGCUUUUCAAUGGACCUGAUGCAGUGCAUCCUGGGAUCAUAUUGAUGACAAGGGUGGACUGUGCUUCAAAGAUAAAUACCAGGCUUUGUGAUAAUUUUUCUGUGGGUCAUUAUCCUAUGCUCCUCUGGGGCAAUCCUUCUAAAUUUGUAUCUGGUAGUUGGGAUCCUAAGAAGGACAAGAAUGAAAUUCGUCUGAUAGAUGAUGGACGAACAGCUGAACGUCUGCUUAAUUGGAUCAACAAACAAAUAGGCAGCUUUUUUAGCUUGGAUGAUCAGAAAUUUGAAAAUGAUCACCUUGCAUCAAAUGCGUCAGAUCCUGAACAGAUUGCACGAGCAGUAUAUGAUAUUGAAGAGGCAACAUCCACUGCCUAUGACAUCAUCUUAGAACAGAAGAUGAUAAAAUCUGAGACUCGGGCUUCACUUAUAAAGUUUCUUCAGAUUUUGGUGGUUCAUCACCCUUCUAGGAGGUGCCGGAAGGGAAGUGCAGAGGUACUUGUGAACUUUGAUGAUUUGUGCCCAUCAGACAUGGGGACUCCCAAUAAACAGGAAGCCACUGAUGGUAAUGGCAAGGGUGCAUUAAGGAAUUUCCAGAUUUGUGGAAAAGAAGUUCCUCGUGGGUAUUGGAUGUUUUGCCGUGGCAGUAAGAAUGAAACUAGGGGCUUUAGCUGUGGACUAUGGAUUCUAUUACAUUCACUCUCUGUAAGAAUUGAGGAUGGAGAGAGCCAAUUGGCAUUUACAGCUAUGUGUGAUUUUAUUCACAAUUUCUUCAUAUGUGAAGAGUGUCGCCAACAUUUUUAUGAGAUGUGUUUAAGUUGCAGUGUUUCCAGUCCUUUCAACAAAACUCGUGACUUCGCCCUUUGGUUGUGGAGUGCACAUAACAAAGUGAACGUGAGAUUAAUCAAAGAAGAAGCAUCUCUAGGAACUGGUGAUCCCAAAUUCCGCAAGAUCAUUUGGCCUUCAAAGCAGCUUUGCCCUUCUUGUUAUUUCUCCCUCAGCAAAAACAACGAUGGAACAAGUCAGAUCGUUUGGAAUAGGGAUGAGGUGUUCAAGUUCUUGGUUAGUUACUAUGGGAAAAUGCUUGUGUCACUGUACAAGGACAAGGGUCUUCUAGGAGAUGAUGGGACUGAUAGAGUGAGCCUUGAAGAUCUGGCAACCACGACAAAUGCAGUUGUGGUGCCUGUAGGAGCUGCAUUGGCAAUUGCACUUGCCAGCUGUGCAUUUGGAGCACUCGCAUGCUUUUGGCGGUCACAGCAGAAGAAUCGGAAGCCAAGGAGAAGCUGGAACUAAGGUGGCCAAAAGGACCAAACCUUUCAUGGCCAUUAAGGUGCACCACCAGGUGAUAUCAUGCUCUGAAUAGGAAUCCGGAUUACCGACUUGCACCAAAUGACCGGUCUUGAUGUCCUCAUGUACCCUUUCUAAAGGUCUACCUUAUGAAACAUUUAACAUGGAAUGUACAGACCUAUAUCAUAAUCUUGAUUUUGGAAGAGUUGUCUUUAGAUAAUUUUGGCAAGUGUUUUAAAAAAAAUUCAUCUUUUUUUAUUUUAUUUAUUGUUCCACACCGGCCUGAUGCACUUGAAGAAAACUGAAAUGAACUGCUAUUAUUUUGAUAGAGCAGAUUAAAUGUUGUUCAAUUUCCUUGUA